UCCUCUAUAUAACCACAUAAACUUUCCUAAACUAAACUAAACUCAACACAAUCACAAUUGCAUCCAGCACAACAUAACUUUCCCACUUCCAAUUUGACCAGAGAAUUUUAUUCAAGAGGAAAAAUAUGAGUUCAACAAGCAAGGCUUGGGCAGUGGCAACAAGUAUUGGAGUAGUUGAAGCUUUGAAGGACCAAGGCGUUUGUAGAUGGAAUUCUGUUUUAAGGUCAAUUCAGCAACACACAAAGGCAAAUCUCAGAUCAUAUUCUCAGGCCAAGAAGAUUCCAGCUCAGUAUUCUAAUAACAUCUCCAAAGAUGAGAAAUUGAAGCAAUCUGAGGAUUCUCUUAGAACUGUCAUGUAUUUGAGUUGUUGGGGUCCCAAUAAUUGAGACUCCUAUUUUUAUGCUCAUCUUUUUAAUAAUAUAUACUUCCAAUUUUUAUAGUGAAAUAUAUAUAAGUUCUAUGGAUGCUUAUGGUUUUGAGUUUGGCGCAUCAAAGUUUUCCGUAAGCAAAUAGAGAUAACGAAAAAAUAGAAGUUUUCUCUCGUGGAUGUUCAGGAGAAAAAAAAAAAUAGAGAUAACUAAAAGCAAGGGAUGAGCCAUGUUCGAUGAAAGCAAGCAUGACGGUAAUAAAUAAAUAAAAUAAUGGAAUAAGAGAGAUGUGUUUUUUCUUUUUUCUUCUAAAAAUACGAGUUUCCCAACUUGUUUGUUACUUUAUUAUACAAAAUAAAUAAAUGAUUUACUUGUACGCAUUUUUUUUAAA